CACAAAGGAGAGGCGCGGCCGGCGGACGGCGGACCGCGGCUGGCCUUAUCACCACCGGCACACAGUCGCCGCGCGCGCCCCGCGACGAACGUCUCACCGCGACCCGCACGACCCGAAGGACAACUGAACUAGUGUUGCGUGAUAGUGAGUGAAAUCCUAAACUGUGAACACGUGCCGCGUUUGCGCAUAUCCGCAUUAGUUUUAUUGGUUGCCGUGCUGUUUGUGAACAAGCGCAACGGCUGACCUGUCAAAAAUUGUAAACACAACACACGUGCCGGCUCGCAAUAAGCGAGAGGCCAAAAUGACGACGAAGGGCAAGCGUCCUAUGCGCGCCCUCACACCCGGUGACAAGAUAGAGGCAAUACAACGCGUCAACGAUGGCGAGUCCAAGGCGUCAGUGGCACGCGACAUCGGCGUACCGGAGUCAACACUCCGCGGUUGGUGUAAGAACGAGGACAAACUGCGUUACAUGACCUCUCGCUUGUCCUCGCCGGACACCGAUAAGAGCAAUGACGGGGAGCCUCCCGAUAAGCGUGCGCGUACCGAGUCUCCAACCGCGCCGCAGUCACCCGUUGCGACCGGCCUCGACCUCUCCAGCCCCGCGGCCGUGACGCAUAGUGCGCCGCUGCCGGUGCUGCCGACCGACUCGCCCGUCGAGCUAACAACUAAACGGAGUGAACCAUCUCCUCCCUUGCACCCACCUAGAGAGCGUCGUCCCGACCCGGGUGCGAGCGUUUCCAUGAGCGCAAUCAGCCCCUUGUCGGGACUUGCACAUUUACCCGGCCUUACCCAUUCUCAUCUUGGCUUAAGCUUCAAUGAAAUUGCAACAAACCUGACUUUGCUAGCACAACUGAAUCCUGGUUUAUCUGCGCUGUCUGCGCAACCUGCUAGUCGAGCUUUACGCUCAGUUCGUUCCCCGAAACCAGUACACAACGGAGUACUCAACUUAAACGAAACAAAGCACCGUAGUAAAUCUAGCCAUUCCUCAGACCCUUAUCGGCAUAGUGGAUCUAAGUCAAGUCAUCAUAUGACUUCGCAAUCUUCCGCCGCUCAGCCGGUAGACGAUACGUUAUGGUACUGGCUUAAAACUCAACAGGCUAUGCUGGACUUGACAGCUCAGACAUCAGCCGCUCACCCACUUCAAUUAGGAAAGCCAAACGAUCCGACCUUAGCCCCCAAACCGGUUGCUCCGACGCCACCCGUCACAUCCCAUCUCGAUUACAAUAGGAAUUCAUGGCUUUGGCAGUAUUACAAACAAUUUGGUGGGGCAAUGCCACUACCCGAAGACAAACUCAAAUCAGCAUCUCAGGUUCCAAAGGAUAAAUCUGCAGACAACAUCCUGUAUUCUCAUCUUACCAAAAGCAAAACUGAAGAAGAUCGAGGUGCUACGAGUCCAAUACAUGGCCAAACACAAACUGUCGAAGUACGCGAAACGGUCACCGUGCCCGAGGAACCACGAGCGGCAGAGCCCGCGAUAAAUAUUGAAGUGGGAACCGAAAAUAAAGAGCCAACCACCGAGAGGUCAUACGACACCGGCAAAAGUCAAACAAAAGCUCGCAACGUGCUGGAUAAUCUGCUUUUCAACAGCAGCCAGUCUGCGAGUGAGGAGAAUAAGGCCAACGGACACGUGAAUGGAGAAUGGGAAACUGGCACGGCAGCGGCGCUGGAACACGGCGAUAAGUUCCUGGCGUGGCUAGAGUCGAGUGGUGACCCGAGCGUGACGCGCAUGCACGUACACCAGCUGCGUGCUCUGCUGCACAACCUGCGCACGCGGCGUGUUGCGCUGCCCGGCACCCAUGGCCCGCCCGGCGUGCUCGCGUCCGACGCCGCCCGCCGCAAAUAGACGCCCGGACGCUGUGCGCUCGCUACAGGGAAUAUUUCAAUUACGUGUACAUAGUCGUAUAUACGUCGUCGCCAGUAAGCGUUCACUUGUGAUAUGUGUAGCCAAAUUUGCGUAAUUUCUUUGUUCUAAAAGAAAAGCUAUGCAUUAUUAUCUCUUUAAUUUUAGUUAUAAUUCAAAUAAGUUAAGAAUCCGACGCUGUUCUCUAUGCUUUGUCGUGCGACGAUAGUUAAUCUAUUUCCGAGUUUAUAUCAGAUGUAAUACAGAUAUUAUAGCUAAACUUUUUAAAUGGAUGUCACUGAUCGGAGAUCACGUUACUUUACUAUGCACGCAAUCUGUUAUGUGGUUAGAAUAAGUAGUACCGCUGCAUGUUGCCAUUUGACGAUUACAUUCCUAGAUGUACCCUACUGUAGUAGUUCGAACCCUAAGUUCUACCUCAAGUCAUAGCUAAUGCUAAGUCAGGGCGUCCUUUCACCCGCUCACUGACGGGCCCGGCCGGCUUGCCCGCAGUCCGCCGCCGCUCGUAUGUAUUAUACCAAAUAUUGAAAGGAUGCUGUGUUCUCGUGUGCCAAUCAUGUGAACAAGGUAAUAUUGUUAAGAUAAUUUAUGACUACUGUGUUAGAGCUAGACACUCGUAUAAUUGUUUUCUAUUGCUCAGUAUUUUAUAUGGACGUCUAUGUCGCGACUCGGAAUUGUAUAAUAUGUUAAAGUUAACAGUUAAGGACACUGUGAUCAAAAUUAUAAAUUAUUGAGAGAUUAUUAAUAUUGUAAGUACAUUCCUAAUGAAUAGAGUGUAUUAUUGUAAUGUUAAAGAGAUUGUCCGAGAUGGUUUAAGCGCAGCUGAAUCGGCAAUGCGCAAUAAAUUCUUCUAGCAGAGUUCAAAUCUCAUUUUCACUGAAUUUAGAAUAUAUGUAGUUAAUUUGCAUUUCGUGUUAAUUAUAAUAGCUCCAGUGGAUAUUGUUUGAGAGAUGAUAUUUUGUACAAAAUUACAAAUUGGAAUUAUUAAAAAUUAUACUCCCUACACAAAGUUUGUGAACUUGAAAAUGUUGAAGAAUUAAAUAUGAUUGAACUUUA